AAUUUCAUUUUCAGCCCAAAAAAUAAAUGAGUUGCCUGCCGAGUGCCACCUACAAAAAGUGCCAACCCAACCACGCGUACGCACUCUGUCGCUCUAUCUCUAUGCAGAUGAUUUCCAAAGCCUCCACUGCCAUGGCUGUCUUUCCUUGCUCUAGGGUGAGGAGUGGUCUUCACGUAUGGCCAGGCAUGAGACAACUUUGCUUCAGAAAGGGCCUUUUGUAUGGGUUUCUUCGAUUCUUCUCGACGCCAUUAAAAACCUUGCGGGGAGCUAGUCGGUCACUUAGAGUGAAUCAAUUUUGCAGUGUAGUUAAUCUGUCUUCUGCAUUGCAAAUUGAAUUGGUACCAUGUCUCAAGGACAACUAUGCAUAUCUUUUACAUGAUGUAGAUACAGGCACAGUUGGUGUUGUUGAUCCUUCUGAAGCUGUACCCGUUAUAGAUGCCUUGAGGAGGAGAAAUCGAAAUUUGACAUACAUAUUGAACACUCAUCAUCAUUAUGAUCACACUGGCGGGAAUGCAGAGCUAAAAGAAAGGUACGGUGCAAAGGUGAUUGGUUCAGCAAUAGACAGGGAUAGGAUUCCUGGUAUUGAUAUUGUUCUGAAUGAUGGAGACAAGUGGAUGUUUGCAGGCCACGAGGUGCUUGUAAUGGAAACCCCGGGACAUACUCGAGGCCAUAUUAGCUUCUAUUUUCCUGGAUCUGGGGCAAUUUUUACAGGAGACACUUUGUUCAGCUUGUCAUGUGGCAAGCUUUUUGAAGGAACCCCUGAACAGAUGUUACAGAUGCUAUCUUCCCUUCAGAAGAUCGUGUCUUUGCCAGAUGAUACAAACAUAUAUUGUGGUCAUGAAUACACAUUGAGUAAUUCAAAGUUUGCUUUGUCCAUUGAACCCCAAAAUGAGGCACUCAAGUCCUAUGCUGCCCAUGUAGUCCAUCUUCGAAGCAAGGGCCUGCCAACGAUUCCUACUACAUUAUCGAUUGAGAAGUCUUGUAAUCCCUUUCUUCGCACUUCAAGUAUGGAAAUCCGACGGUCCUUAAAUAUUUCAGACGCAGCUGAUGAUGCAGAAGCCUUGUGUGUCAUCCGUCAAUCAAAGGAUAAUUUUUAAGAUGUUUUUGGAGCCUAUUUCUUUUGUUGUAUAGGAAAUGGUAAGCCAUCCGUCAUAAACUCCACAGAUCUUUAUGUCAAUAGUGUGACAUAUAUUUUUUCUUUGAAAUUUCUUAAGCUAGACUACUA